UUCAUAGGCCCGCCUCGGCCUUAGCGCGCCGGAAGCGGAAGUCAGGCCGUGGUCGGAGUCUGGCCAAAGUGGAUCUGUUACCUUGGAGAGCUGAAGCGGUCCGGAGGUCCUGUGACGGUGUUCUGGCUCGGAGAUCUAAACAAUCUAAACAUUAAACGGUACAGCUGCCUCAAAUCCCUGGGAAUUUCAGAAUGACUGACACUUCUGAAGCUAUUCCAAAUUUUGAAGAGAUGUUUGCCAGUAGAUUCACAGAAGAUGACAAAGAAUACCAGGAAUACCUGAAACGCCCUCCUGAGUCCCCUCCAAUUGUUGAGGAAUGGAAUAGCAGAGCUGGUGGGAACCAAAGAAAUAGAGGCAAUCGGUUGCAAGAUAACAGACAGUUUAGAGGUAGGGAUAGCAGACGGGGGUGGCCAAGUGACAAUCGAUCCAAUCAGUGGCAUGGGCGAUCCUGGGGUAACAAUUACCCGCAGCACAGACAAGAACCUUACUACCCCCAUCAAUAUGGACACUAUGGUUACAACCAACGGCCUCCCUAUGGCUACUACUGAUAGAAAUGUCAGCAGCUUUUAGUAAAACCAUUUACUCUGUUAACAUGAUAAAAGUUUAUGUUGUAUUUUCUGUUGGUCAUAGUUUUACAUCUGAUUGUAGAGAGUGGAUUGAUGUUUUGGAACUUGAGACUUUUUUAAAAUUAGAUCUUACUGGAGAGAUAUGAUGGCUGCUGGAAAUAUCAAUAAAUACUCCCCUAAAAAGGCUGUGGAUUAUAUUGCUUGACUUCUACCUCAGAUUCUUCUUUAUUUCAUGACUUAAUAGUGCUUUGAAUGUUGUGAAUUUUUUCCUUGUUUGACUUUCAGGAGUUCUUUGUUUUACACAGAAAUAAAAAUUUUACAUAGAAAA